ACAUUUCACAACUUCCACGAACAAAAAUCUAUCUUAUUUAUUUUUGAAUAAUAUUUUAUUGGGAUGUAAAGUGGUAAAGUGUACAGAGUUUUAUAGAGUAAUAUAUAUUAACACUCCUCAAGUUUUAAUGUCCUGAAUAGGUAUAUAUCUAAAUCCAAUGUCGCGGAAAUUCGAAAACGUUUCUAUGGAUCUACCAGAUGUCACAACAGUUCUAAUGGAGACUGAACAGAUAAUACAAAAAUGUUUCACACAGUACCAACUUGACGAAGUUUUCCUAUCUUUCAACGGUGGGAAGGACUGUACUGUAUUAUUAGACGUUACUAUAAAAGUAUUGCAGGAUAUGUACAAAAGAGAAAACAUAGGCAAAGAACUUAAAGUACUUUAUAUUCGUACCAAAGAUCCCUUCAAGGAAAUAGAGAAUUUCGUGAAGCAAAUAGAGACGCAUUAUGGAAUAAAUCUUAUCGUGACGGAAGGAGUACUAAAGGAAGCCUUGCAAAAGAUAACAGAAAACGAUAAAAAUCUAAAAGCGUGCUUGAUGGGAACUCGACGAACAGAUCCUUAUAGUGAAAAUUUAAAAUUUAUGCAGUUAUACAUCGAUAGGCAGCACAGCUAAUACAUGGCCGAACGAAUCUUUAGCGUACACGGAAAAUGGCCGCGUGCAUUACCGCCCCGCGUGGCUCUUACCAGAUGGAUCUUUGGAACGAGCGGGGCGUGAACAGAAACACACCAAUGGACACGCUACACACGCAGUUAAAACUGUUCAUGAACACAACAGUAUCCAUGAACACAAAAGCAUCCAAGUGAACAAAACAACCCAACCAACUGAACACAUCGAGUGUCAUAUGAACCAAUUAAAUUCUGUGUAGUAAAUAUUUAAUACAUAAAAAAAAAUUCUUACAAGGAUCUCGUUAAACAAAUUGUUCAGUUAAGUGGCAAACAAUACUAACUCUAUUGGUAAAAACUGAAGUAAAUAAAUUUUCAAACUUCAAUCUACAAUAUACAAUUAGUUAUAGGACCACAUACAAAGAAACUGUCGCCGUUGGCGUAUUACCUUACAGUUGAAUUAUUGUUAAUUACCUAAGAUAUUGGUGUAAAAAUAUUUUUUAAUUUAUUAUAUAUAAUAUAAACAUAGUAAGUAAUGGAAAUAUGUUGUAGUAUAAAUAAUUAUACUAUAAUGAACCUUAUCUUCUGCAGUUAAAGUACACAUUAGUCACACAUCAUUAAAAGAACUUUUGUCACAUCUGGCCCUGACCUAUUGUCUAGUUAUAUAUUGUAGAUUGAAGAUGUGUAAUAAAAUCAUCAAAUAAUGAAGAGAGUAAAAUUAUAAUAAACGUGAUCAACUUAUCCACGUAAAUAAUCCAUCUCAAAGUAAAAUAACUUUGACAGUUUCCAUGUCAGACAUAUGCUUGUUUAUUGAAAUUUGAAAGUAAUUAAGCUAUCUUCAAAUAGGUACAAAGCCUGACAUGAGCCUGAGUAACAGAUCCUACCAGUAGCUUCCUGAGAUGUAUAAAUAAAACAUACUCCAAAAAUGUUAUUCAAAAUCAAACGUAGCUGUGAUAGAGCAAUGCUCGAACCUGUGUAAGGUCGCUAUCAGAUUAUCAUAAUUUGUAUAUGGUUAUAGAAAUAUGAGAAAACUAUGAGUCUAGUUAUAUGUUUGAUUUCUAAAAACUACACUGUCGUAGCUUUCUCCUAUUUCUAUGAAACAUUAGCUAUGAUCAUUAAUAUGAUAUUAUAUUAGCGGUGUUAGGAGCUUAAAUAGAUAAAUUUUGUAUGUUACCAGUGGUUGUCACUAAUAACUUAAUAAAGAUAUUUUAAUAUGUAAGUAUUAAAUUAAAUCGUAUUUUCUCUCAUUAAACUUUUUACACGGCCAUUUUGGAGUCUAUUAGGCGCUCUAUCUUCUUAACAUGUCUGUUUUAUUUAUUUUUAAGUGAAGAAAAAUUCUAAAUUAUAAACUGUUUGGUAAUUAUUUUAAAUCAAUCGAAUACAUUCACACAAAUCUACUGUAGACCAAUUAUUUAAUAAAAAUAAUGUAUAAAUUUAAUAGUUAAUAAAAGUUAUGUUAUGUUACUUAAUUAAUAUUUUAGGUUUUUAGGUAUGAAAAUUUCAUGCAACAGCCUUUUUAUUACAUAAACUAGCUGACCCGUGCCCACUUUGUUGGGCGUCAAACAUUUUUACUUGUGAUGAAAUUAUCUUGCGAGGUUCUUAAUACUGAGUGUUUAGAAUUUAUUUUUGGAACUGAUUGACAAAUAUUGUUAUUUCACAUUAAAAACACAAUCAAAUAUGAUCGAUUCAGUAGUUCCAGAGAUUACUUCCUACAAACAAAGUCACAACCUUACAAACUUUACCACUUAUAUAAUAUUAGUAUAGAUGAUUUUUUUUAUAAAUUUAUACAUUUUAAAAUUAAAUCAAAAACAAAGGUCUGAGUAAUUGUUUAUGAACUGAAAUUACAAUGUUAGCUAAUAUGUGAUGUUUUUAUUUUUUAUAGGAGAGGGGGCAAAUGAGCAUACGGCUCACCUGAUGGUAAGUGAUUACCGCCGCCCAUAAACAACUGCAACACCAGGGGAAUUGCAGAUGCGAUGCCGGCCUUUUAAAAAGGAGUACGCUCUUGAAGGUCCCUAAGUCGUAUCGAUUCGGAAAAUCUCUGGUAGUAGUCAAUACCACAAGGAAAUUGUACGAGGAAGAAAACUUCUUUUAAAUCGCAGUGUUAGACCGCCAGUCAUCCAAAUGGUAUGGAUAGUAUCGCGAGUUUUGUCGCGAUGUGCGAUGGAGGAAUUGUGCGGCUGGGAUUAGCCCGAACAAUUCCUCAGAGCACUCCCCGUGGUAAAUGCGAUAAAAUACGCAAAGCGAUGCAACAUCUCUUCGCAGUGCCAGUGAGUCAAGCCGAUCGGAAAGAGUUCGAUCGCCGACGAUUCGAACAGCUCUGCGCUGGAUGCGAUCAAAUGGAAGGAGCUGGCACUGGGGAGUGCCAACCCAGAGAUGGGAACAGUAUUCCAUGUGCGGCCGAACCUGCGCCUUGUAAAGUUGCAGGCGGUGUGUCGGCAUAAAAUACUGUCCCGCUCUGCUGAGCAGGCCAAGCUUUUUCGAGGCCAACUCUUCCAAGUGACCACGAAACUGCACGUCACUUGAUAUGUCGACGCCGAGGAUUCCGAUACUGGCUGAGGCUACAAGGGGAGUGCCUUGAAACUGAAGAGAUACGACGAAGGGAUUCUUUUUAGUGGUAAAAGCGCAAACUUGUGUCUUCUGGGGGUUGAACUAGACUACAUUUAGUCGCGCCCAGUCUGAGACUUUGUUGAACAAAUUCUCGACUUCAGACUCAACUUUGUUCCGGCCCUUGGCGACGUUUUCCCGAGAAAUAUGGGCACAGCCGGUGUAUAAAGCAUCACCAGUCUUGUCAUCCGCAUAGCAAUGAAUGUUACCGGUUUGCAACGUGUCAUUGAUAUGCAGAAAAACAGCGUUGGCGAUAGCACACAACCUUGUGGAAAACCAGCGUUAAUGAGCUUGUAAUCGGAACAUGCACCGUCUACUACAACCUUGAUGCUCCGAUCUGCAAGAAAGCUGGUGAUCCAAUUGCACAAUUUCUCAUAAAGCACAUAAGAAGGGAGCUUCGUAAGAAGCGCUUUGUACCAAAUCCGAUCGAAGGCCUUCGCUAUGUCCAAACUAACGGCCAACGCCUCCCUCUUAGACUUUACUGCCUCCGCCCAUUUAUGAGUUAGGUAACCCAGAAGAUCACCAGCCGAGCGACCGUGACGGAAACCGUACUGACGGUCACUAAUCAGCUGGUGAUCCUCAUGGUACCGCAUGAGCUGGCUGUUAAUAAUGGAAUCCAUUAUUUUAGAGAACAAGGAGGAGAUGGUGAUAGGCCUAUAGUUAGACGGAUCAGAAUGGAUACCUUUUUUAUGGAUCGGGUGCACGAAAGCUGUUUUCCAUGAUUUCUGGACUACGCCUAGGGAGUAGGAGUACCGGAAAAGACGCGUUAAAACGGGUGUCAGCUCUGGAGCACACGUCUUCAGCCCAAUAGGAGGGCCGCCAUCAGAUUUUCCUAUCAUCAAGAGCCGAGUUGGACGCAAAGAGAGAGCCCAGCAGAUCGGCUUUAUCCUUUGCGGCGUGGGCCAGUGAGUCGUCCUCUCUAUGCAGAUCUCUGCAUCCCAUCUGGGAGAGAUGGCUGACAGAAGUUCCCUUGGACAGUCUUAGCGAAUGACCAGAAUGCACGUGUUCCCGAAGGAAUACGAACUAGUUUCUCGCCAAUUCUGCCGAUGUGCUCUGAAUUUGCAAUGACACUUUCUAUAGAUACUUAAUUAAAUUUCUAUGUGAAUAACACUUUAGUCUAAAUUAUCCUUGAUGAAACAAUGUGUGGAUUAUAUUUCAAUUAAACCAUCAAAUGUGACAUUUUUAAAGCCAUUGUUAACAAAAAUAUUAUUAGGAGUUACAACAUUUUAUAAUGCUUUGUUUUUAAAUUUUCGUAAUUUAUUUAUCUGAUUAUAUUUAUUUGCACAUCCAAUUAUAAUUAUAAAAAUUUACAAAUUGAGCAAGAAUUAAAAUAUUCCUGAAAUAAAAUCACAAGUAAAUUUAAU